AAGCACAAACCUCUGGUCACUGCUCACUAGUCUCUUCUCCUCCCAUCCUCUACAAACACAGGUUUCUUCAUCUCAUCUCCAUCUUCAUCCACAUGAUGAUGAGUUUCAAACUCUAAUUCUUCACUCUCAUACAACAUGACAACUCUCUUAGACUCCCUUUACUGUGAAGAGAAACACCAAUGGGAGGACGAUGAAGAUGAACCACUAGACAGCUACAGUUGUGUUGUUGAUGAUGAUGAUGAUGACAAUGAUAAUAAUAAUAUUCACCAUUCUCAACACACACUACUCCAACAAGACCUCUUUUGGGAACACCAAGAACUACCCUCUUUAAUCUCCAAAGAAUCCCACUGCCACUUGAACACCCACCAUGUCCUCUCCGGCAACCACCGCCGGCACGCGGUGGAGUGGAUGCUGGAAGUGGUUUCACACUACUCAUUCUCCGCUCUCACCGCCGUUCUCGCUGUAAACUAUCUUGAUAGAUUUUUUGAAAAUUUUGAAGAGUUGGAGACUGAAAAGAAGCCAUGGAUGACCCAACUGGCUGCUGUUUCUUGCCUUUCUCUUGCUGCUAAAGUUGAAGAAACACAUGUCCCGCUUCUUCUAGAUCUUCAAUUGGACGGAAGCAGAUAUGUUUUUGAAGCGAAAACUAUUCAGAAAAUGGAGAUUUUGAUACUGUCAACUCUUGAAUGGCGGAUGAAUCCAGUCACUCCCCUCUCGUUUGUCGAUUACAUCACGAGAAGACUCGGGUUAAAGACUUAUCUUUCCUCCGAGUUUGUGAAAAGAUGCGAGUGUCUGCUACUAUGCUUCCUUCCUGAUGAUAGGUUUAGGUAUUAUCUUCCCUCAGUGAUAGCAACAGCAACAAUGGUGCACGUAAUCAACAGCAUUGAACCGUGCAUCGGAGUUGAGUUUCAGUCACAGCUGCUGGGCAUUCUUGGUAUCAAUAAGGAUGUGGUGGAGGAGUGUUGGAAAGAUAUCCAGGAGGUAACAUGUGGUAGAAAAUCGGGUCGGAGUUUCUAUAAACGGAAGUUCGGGUCAGUACCCGGCAGCCCGGAUGCUGUGAUGGAUCUGUCGUUCAGCUCCGACGAGUCAUGGUGGUCGGUGGUGAACCCGAAUCCGAACCCAUCGGUUUCAUCGUCACCUGAACUAGGAAGUAAGAAAAGCAGGAAGGGUGCAACCUGAGGCAGCCAAGUGGUGGGAAAUGUUUAAUUGAAUUGAAUUGAUGUUAAAUUGGCAACCAUCUUUGCAAAAUGCAAUUAGCCCCACCGAAUAUGGAAAUGUGACUUCUCGAAGAUGUGUGGUGAGUUUUGGAGGUAAAGAUGGUUGCCAUUUUAUCCGGAAAACAAAAAAGAAUCAAGAAAUAUUAUUAGAGCAAUGAGGGGUUGGUUGGUUGGUUGGUGCUAUUUUAGUAAUUUCUUUCAUUCUCUUUGUAAAAGAAAAAAUGAACAUAUAUGUUAAUGUCAAUAACAACUUUCUCAUGGUCAAAAA